GACAUUGGCUUUCCCGUUCAUGCCGGCCGCAUCGAGGUUGACAACGGCUGUGAUGUUUCGGGCCCAAGGGUGUUGCAGAAACGCGUGCGCGCCCUGCAAACAGAAAAAAAACACAAGAGAGCGCGAACGCAACGAAGCCAAAGAUCCCAAGUCUGAUCCAAAGCCAGAAAGUAAACCUGCCGCAUCUCCCGAGAAACCUUCAACUAUAAGCCCAGAGGUAGACAAGCCAGACACUACCCGGGCUUCUCCAGAGCGGAAGGAAAAACCUGAAGUGAAGAGAGACCGGUCACCGGUGAAGGAAGAGGUGGCGGAAGUCAAUUCCACAUGCGAAAACCUAACGCCUCCCCGCGUGUCGCCCGAGCGUGCUCUGACUCCACCUUUGCCCGACAAGACCAAGGAGAGGCGGUGCAGCGAAGACGAUGAUUUAGCCUUCCUUCUCGGUGAUAUCGAUGACAUGCUCAGUGACGAUGAAGACAGCGGCCGCUUCAAGGAGAAACCUAAGAAAGCGGAGGUGGCGCCGCCCAAGCCGGCGGUGGACCUUCGUUCCAAACUGCCGCCGCGGCCGCCUCGACAGAAGAUCGUCUUCGAAGAGGAGAAGCCCAAGAAGAGGAGAGAAAAAUCUCCUCCAGCUAAGAAACCUGCUGUGACAAGCUCUACCAAAAUUGACACUGAGACUCCCCAGAAAAAAGUUGUUAAGCCAAAACCAGUGACAGAACCGAGUACAAAUAAAUCUCGACAAAGAAUAAUAUUUGAAAACAAAGAGCCUGAAAAAGAGAAAGAGGAGGACAAAUCCAAGUCGUUCACUCGCCGCGUCGUCCUCCAACGCAAAGUGACCCAAACAAAAGAGAAGUCUGUGUUCUCUCGCAUCGAGGCGAGCGACCCGAGCAAGCCCAACCCGGGCAUCUUCAGCCGCGCGGUGCGCACCGCCAUCGGCUCCGACAAGCCGCGCAUCGUGCUCAAGCGCGACGAGCCCGAGGUGGAGUACGAGAGCGGCUCCGACGACGACCGCCUGCUCGAAGAGGAGUCCGGCCUCGUGGCCGACGUCUCCAACCUGCCGCACGGCAUCACCGACACCAGGCUCAAGACCUUAGCGGGGAGUGAAGUGCAGGUAAUUUUUAUAUGCCGAUAUCGACUUGGGGUAGAGGUGUGGCUGUUGUGACAGUUGAGCCUUGUAAUUUGUUAGGCGUAAAUGGUAUUCGCUUUCAUUAGAAAAUGCGUUGGUUAUGCAACUAUUACUUUAUUAUAUAACGUCUAUAUCGUAUUUAGAAAUUAAUCAAUAUUUUGGACGCUUUUUAGAGAGGAUCUUUAUAUUUUUUGGGAUGGAUUUCAUAGAUAUCCCAUUCCCAUUUCUACUUAAUCGCAAUUAAAAUGUUAACAAUAUAAUAUU